AUGGUGGAGGCGAACGCUCGAUUACUCACACGUCGUUUGCAUUACUUUACGCUACGUGUCGCCUACUACCAUACGCUGUGGGCUGGAUUUUUGCCGGCGCUGUACAACUGGCAUACUGGCAAGUUAUAUCAAUCGCGGUUCUAUUUGCUCUAUAGUGCUGGUGUACAGCUUUGCUUUGCUUUGGGCACGCCGUACAUCUACAAAGUUGGCGCUUCCAUCGAGAACACAAAUGUCAACGUCUACAAAUUAAAUUCGAUUAAUGAGUGGUGUUCAAUCAUGAGUUCCACAGGGUAUUCGAAUUCGCGGGAACGAGUGAAAAAAUACCGUUUUUUAAAAAAAUUUUGUGACUCUAAUGAUAAUAAUAGUGUGGACAGUUCUGAUAAGGAUAUUCGUGAUGAAUCAACGGAUUCUUCUGAUAAAAACUUGCUCCAAGCACAGAAAGAUAAAAGGAGCCCUAACCAAGCAAAUCCAUCUCAAGAUUUAGAACAUUGUGAAGAAUCUUCAAGUGGAGUUCUACAACAAGAUACAUCGCUAGAGAGUUUCGCAGGGUGUUCAAGUUUUAUGUCGGUUGACGACGAUGAUGACAACGCCAUAGCACCUGUCAGUCUAGGAGCAGAUGCAGCCCCUCAACAGACCGACCUGAUGAACUCAGGAAUUGAGAUUGAAGCACCUCAGACCCUCACUGAGAAAAUACGCCAGCUAACACUUGAUAAUAUAGGCAGCGUGAGUGGAUUUUUAGAAAUUCUGCGUAGUGAAGGACACACUGAAGUGCCAUCCACUGCCCAUAAACUUCUUGGCUUCAAUCACCGAGUAAAAACCAAACCGAUGAUGGCAUAUAAAGAUCAAAUUGGGGACUUUUUUUAUCUCGGAAUUCGAAAUGGUUUGGACAAACGAAUAGACGUGAAUGUCUACAAAGAAAAAAACAUACGUGUGUUAGUUCAUAUAGAUGGAUUGAAGGUAUACCAUUAUUCCAAGGGAGGUCUCUGGCCUAUUACGAUGAAGUUGGUGACAAAAAAAUAUACCUGCAGUCCUUAUGUGGUAGCCUUGUUUUAUGGUAGGUCCAAGCCAAAAAAUGUGAGUAAUUUUUUGGGUGAUUUCGUGGAUGAAGCUAAAAAAUUAAUCCUCGAAGGAAUAACCAUCGAUGGUUGUAAAUUCAAUUUUGAAAUAAUAGCUAUUUUUGCGGAUAGUCCAGCGAGGGCAUUCCUCAAGUGCAUAAAAGGGCCAACAGCCUUUUAUGGCUGUGAAAGAUGUACAGUUCAAGGGGAAACUCUGAAUCGAAGAAGAGUUUAUCCUGAUUUGAAGUGUGCAUUACGAACGAAAGAGAACUUUGUCACUCAAACAGAUGUCAAUCAUCACUUAAGGGAUAAAAAUACGCAGCAACUGCUGGUUUCACCAUUGCUUCAGAUUCCUAAUUUUGAUCCAGUCAAAGACUUCCCGUUAGAUAUUAUGCAUUUAUUAUUUUUAAAUGUAAUGAAAAAUCUUGGAGAAAAAUGGGUGAAGAGGGAGAAAAAUAAUUAUAAAUUAUCAACACAACAGUUGAAUGAAUUUUCAAAUUUAAUGAAUUCGAUGAAAGAUUAUGUAACGGCAGAAUUUCAGAGGAAGGAGUUUGAUGUCGAGGAAAUUGGGCAAUGGAAAGCAACUAAGUGCUCAUUUUUACUGCUUUAUGCCGGUGGCAUUGUCCUGCAGUUUGUUCUCGAUGAUGACAAAUAUCAACACUUUCUGCUACUUCAUGUAGCAUGUCGUGUUUUGUGCAGUGAUAAAUUCAUAACCAGGGGUCUUCCCAUGGCAAAGAUUCUAUUGCAUAAUUUCGUUCAACUAGUGCCGAUUUAUUAUGGAGAAGACAGCGUCAUAAUGACAAUUCAUCACCUCAGUCACCUCUGUGAUGACGCAGCUCAUUUUAAAACCUCACUGAGCCACUACUCUGCAUUUUGGGGGGAGAAUUUUAUAGGCCAGUUGAAGGAUUUUGCAAGUAGCCGAGCGAAACCCUUGGCUCAAAUCGUCAAUCGCCUCAGUGCUUUAGACUCAUCAGACAGUGCAAAAGUGAGACCCCGUGUUGCAAUACGCGAUGUGAAACCUGAAAAAUUCCCUGAGACAAUUAAAAUAAGUUGUGAAGAAUAUUCAUCAGUCAAAUCAGUAACUUAUAAUGACAUGAUACUACAUGCUGAGGAACCUAACAAUGUCGUGGAACUAACCACAGAAAAUAUCUUUGUUAUUUCAAAAUUAUGGGUUAAAUCAAAGUGCCAUCAUAGUGAAAAGUCAACGGACGAUAUUUACUUAGAUGGAUUUAAACUGCACUCCUUAAAUGAUGUGUUUGAUGCUCCCUGUGCGUCAAGAGAAAUUGGCAUUUUCGCAAUUGACAAAUUAGCAGGUUCGCAUGAGCUGGUAACCAUCGGUACUGUGAAAUCCAAGUGUUUAAUGAUGAAAAUCAAAGAAAAAUAUUAUGCUGUGUCCUUGUUGUAUUCAUAACGUCAAUUGUUUCAAUAGUGCAAUUUUGAUGGGUAUGAUGGUUUUUGCGGGGGUUUUCGUACAGAGAGAGGAGACGGAUCGAGUGUUUUUGAAAAACGGCGGUUCAUUUGUAAAUGUUGGUGUUAUCGUAUAUCCCGCUACAACGGUAGCGUGAUAUUGCGUCAUUUUUCUGCACGGCGUCAUUGCCUGUGGGCAGUCCAUAACAGCUUGGAUUAAUUCGCUAUUUCACGUAUGUAAGUAUUUUUGUCAAUUGUUUAUGAUUCAGAAUGAAGUAUAAUUCUCUUCUCCUCUUUUAUUAGUUGCCUCAGCAUUUGUCGAAAAUUUUACACAUUUCUACAAUCUUUUCAUAUAACCUCCGAAAAUCAUGCCUGAUGAUGUUGACGCCAUAAUUUAAUGUGUUGAAACAUUGAUCGAUAAAAAAAAUUUAGACAGUUAAUUCACACAUUUGUGAGAAUACUUUUUAAAAAUACUUCCAUUGAAUAUUACGUCAAUUAAUUAUUCGAAGAAUUACUGCAAAAUACAUUUGUGAGAAUACUUUUUAAAAAUACUUCCAUUGAAUAUUACGUUAAUUAUUAUUCCUUAACAGCUUGGAUUAAUUCGCUAUUUCAUAAUGUAAGUAUUUUUGCCAAUUGUUUAUGAUUCAGAAUGAAGUAUAAUUCUCUUCUCCUCUUUUAUUAGUUGCCUCAGCAUUUGUCGAAAAUUUUACACAUUUCCCUCAAUCUUUUCAUAUAACCAGCAAAAAUCAAGUACACAUUUUUAUAUUCAUCUACUUCCUCAGAAUGAGUAUUCAAGAGGAAGAUGGCAAAUUAUAUCAAAUUGUGGAGUUCCUGGACGAAAUUACUGAGACUGGGAAAAAAACCCUUGAAAUCGUUCCAGCGUCGUGGGUGACCAGAACCGAUGGAAACAACAAUACUACUUGUGCUUUUCCUCCCCCCCAUAAAUAUUGUAUAAUAGACACAAUAGUGAAAGAUCUCAGUCCUCCAGAAUCAUCGUGGGAGAAAUUUGACGUUGAAAUUCUCACCAGUGCUCGUAUGAAUAACGUUAUACUAAUAUUUUUUAUGCAUUCCCAAUCGUUUAUCAUCGAAUUGAAAUAAAUGAACUAUUCUUUAUUAGAGAAAAAAUAACCUACUCUUUACAGGGAAUUACGACAAGGCCCAGAGGAGGAUCAAACGUCUUUAUAAAAAACGUGAUAACGUAGAAUCCACAGAUUCAGAUACUGAAACUAAACGAGCUAGAAAAUUAACCAAAAAUCAAGCGGCAAUGAUGUCAAGGCAAACCUCUUUCUCUCUUAGAACAAAUUGUCGAAGAAAGGGAGUCCUCCACAUUAAGAACAUCGAGAAUUCCUGAGGCUGAAGUUUCCAGAAAUAAAAAUCAACCAAGAGAUGAUGAGGCAGCCGGGGCUAGAGCGUCUCAAAGUAGAACAGCGUACAGUGACACAAAAUCAGAGAAAAAAUCGGCAUUGAUAGCUUGCCUAACACGUUUUAGGGGGAGUGCCAUAGGCGAUCCUCUUAAAGAAUUUGUCAUGGAUUACUUGGAUGCUAAAUUGGAUUACCUCAUGUACAAACUACGUGACGAUUUCUCAAACUUAAAGCGAUGCAUCCAGUACGAUUUAAAUAGAAAAAUCGAAGAGCUCAAGAUUAACAUGACCAUGC